AUGACUGAGGACAAUACCAUUGAGGAUCAUUUGUUUGGAUCCUGCUUGGAAUCGUUAGCAUUAAACGCUGAGAACAGGUCAUUUACACAAAAAUCAAUCAAACACAGAACCUCUCCCCUUUCAAUAACAUCAAACUUCAAUCCUUCUUUGGACUCAUUAGAUGAGUCAUUCUUACACUCAUACCCAAAAUUAUUUCAAACUGAAGGAUGUGAUCCAUUCAGCAAAUCGUCAUUAUCAUGCAAAACGUUUUAUGAAAAUUGGUUACGCUACUUUUAUAUUUUAGUUCAACAGAAUAAUUUACAUAACAGUAUAGAUUCAAUUGAAGAACUUCGGAAACAACUUUACAUUUAUAAUAAUCACUGUCAAACAUCUGUGACAAUUAGUAACUCAAAUAAAAAACUUGAGGCUGGUAACAAUACAACUAGUUUAUCAAAUACACACUUUCCAGCAAAUACGAAAAGUGAUGUGUUAACAGAUGAAAUUAGUGGCGAUCUGACUUCAAAAGAUCACUAUCAGUGUGAACAAAUUUCCAACCAACAACAAACUAUCUCAUCACAUAUAGAGAACAGCUUACUAGUUAAUGAUCAAACAGUAGCAUACGAUUCAGAUAGUGAAUAUGAAUCACUGUCAUCAAAUUUAUGUCAAGAAUUGAUCGAUUCAAAGACUGAUUCAAAUGAACAAACAGAUAACGCCUCUUUACACAUUUCAUCAAAAUCACAAAGAUUAAAAACAAUAAUACAAGAUAAGGAAGAUAGCAUUUCACUCAGUGAUGAUUUAGCAGAAAUAUAUGAAUUUGCACAUUUGUUUAAAUUACGUAGACUCAGUUUGGGUUUGACACAAACACAGGUUGGAGCUUCUCUGAAUGCAAAAGAGGGACCUGCAUAUAGUCAAAGUGCAAUCUGUCGGCAAGUUCAUACUUUCUAUUUUUGUUUCUCAUAA